AUGGCUGCCAACAACGACAACACUUCCACCCUCAAGUCGUACGUCGACUCUGCCACUGGCGCUGCCCAGAACCUCCUUGGCUCUCUUACCGGCAGCACUGCCGACCAGAACAAGGGAGAGGCCAAGCAGGACAAGGCACAGCUCGAGCACGAUGCUUCCCACGCUACCGCUAAGGUUCCCGGCUUCACUGCUACCGCUGGUGGUGUGACCAAGGAUGACCCCGAUCGUGCUGGCGGCUCCUGGAACCAGACCGUCGGCUCUGCUAAGGAGACUGUUGGUGGUCUCGUCGGCUCCGAGAACCUGAAGCAGCAAGGUCGCGAGCAGAACCUCGAGGGCCAGCAGCAGGAGGCUAAGGGCCAGCUCAAUGACUACACCUCUGGCAUUGGCAACCGUGUCCAGGGUACUAUUGGUGGUGCCGUUGCUGGCCUUACCGGCGACAAGGCUGGUCAGGCACACUACGAGGGUCUCCACGACACGGGCAAGACUCAGCAGCGUGGUGCUGAGCACGACAUUCAGAAGCAGGCCGAGGCUAGACAGCAGUAA